CACUAUCUGUUAACUCGCGGCCUCCAGCCCCCCAGUGCAAUCCGGGGGGAGCAAGAUGAAGUGGAAGGGGAUUGUUAUCUCUGCUGUCCUGCAGGCACAGCUCCCAAUUACAGCAGCACAAGGCCAAUGACUGAAUGGACCAUGGAGACUGAUUUGUGCUUUCAUCCCUAGAUGUGGGUCCACCAUGGCAGAUGCUGCACCGGUUCCGGGACUGACAGACCCGAGACUCUGCUACAUACUGGAUGGGAUCCUCUUCAUCUAUGCAGUCAUUAUUACGGCCCUCUUUUUGAAAGCUAAGUUCAGCAACGCCCCUGAACCUCCGGCUCUGCAGGGCCAGAAUGACGUGUAUAAUAAAUUGUCUCGUACAACCAGAGAUGAAUAUGAUGUUCUGGGAACUAAAAAGAGAGGCUCUGACCUUGAAAUGGGAGGGAGAAAUCAGCAGAGAAGAAAGAAGUCAUCUCAGGACACAGUUUACACUUCUUUGCAGAAGGACAAGAUGGGCGAGGCAUACAGUGAAAUUGGGAAGAAGGGAGAGCACCAGAGGCGGCGAGGCAAAGGGAAUGAUGCUGUCUACCAGGGACUCAGCUCCGCAACGAAGGACACAUAUGAUGCCCUCCAGAUGCAGCCAUUGCCCCCUCACUAAGUGGUAUUCGUGCAGUGGAUGGGCAAGACUGAGAAGUCCAGAUGCUUUGGGCGAGGAGAGAAGGGAAACAAUUUUCAAUCCAAAAAAGGCCAUUCAGUCAACACCCAUUUUUUCAGGACUGCAAAUUACAUAUGCGUGGUUCGUUGCACCAAGUAGGACAAGUCUGGAUUUAGUUCCCCUCCUCCCUUCCCCCCUUCAAAACUAUACAAUCUCAAGCUUUAGCUUUUAAAUGUACAUAUCUGUAAAACUAUUCCUAAUGAUAGUGGCUGUUUCAUACCAGCAAGUGUCGGGCAGGAGACUAGGACGUUGGGUUCUCUUCCUCCUCCUCACUGAGCCAGUUUCUCUGGCUAUUUAAAAAAAACAACCCAAAACUACGCCCCAUAUACCCACCUCACAGGUGGUUGACAUUUAAUUAUGGCUAAAGCACUUCUAAGGUCCUCAAAAGGAAGGUGCUAUAGCUACACCCAGUAUUAUCUACAGGAAGGCUAAUCUGCAUCAGCAUAACUAGGGCAGUCUAGCUCCAAUAUUUUUCUGCUGUAAAUUUAGCUUUAUUUCUAAGUUGGUUUUAGCUGUGGAGAGCUGUUCUUACUGUAAAUGAUGACACGUUCCUAGAGUGAAAGACAAAUGCUAAAAGCAGGCUCCACCGUGACAGUGUGAGGAGGAUUCAGUGCUAGGCUGCAACAAGCAAUCAAGAAAAUAACAUCCCAGUGUGAUCAGCUCUUGCAGCACAUGGACAGCAUCCAGAAAUGCUAAUGGAAAUAUAUGAAAGCUAGGACACCUUUACCAGCGAGGUUCCAUGGUAAAAACAGGAGUGGUGCAGCAUAUAGAUUAUGCUCGAGAACACUGGGAAAGUUGGAAUUUAAUUAAAAAGGGAAUUUUUUAAAUCAACAAUCCAAAACUUGAGCUCUCUCUUCCCUCACUAUUGCUCAAUCUACACAAUUUUUAAGGGCUAUUCCUCCCCCACUUAAAAGACAGCACCGAAGUAUGUUCCUGUUAUAUAAAACAAUGCCAGCAAGUGAUGAGUAUUUUGCUGAGGAAAGUGUACAAAAGCCGAAAAAUGUAAGAAUUUUUAAAUACCUUGUAGGAUAAUUUUAAAGAUGAGGAGUACAGAUUCAAUGCAAAGGUGAUGGUGGCUCAGCAAUUCAGAAGGUUUUUGAUGAGGUAAUAAAAUGGAUGGGAAAGCCA